UUUUUCCUUAUCAGAAGUUUUACGACCACCCUUAAAAAGCGCCUGAAAGGACCUGUUGGGAAGGAUUUUGACUGUUAGAGAGCACUUUUUACGGACGAAGCCAUGGCGGAUUCAGCGACGGAAAUCGAUCUUGACUCGGUCAUCGACCGACUUUUGGAAGUACGAGGUAAUCGACCUGGGAAACCUGUUCAACUACAGGAAUACGAAAUCAAAUACCUUUGCACAAAGGCGAGAGAAAUAUUCAUAAACCAGCCCAUCCUUCUGGAGCUUGAAGCGCCCAUCAAAAUUUGUGACAUACAUGGUCAAUAUUAUGACCUUUUGCGUCUCUUUGAAUACGGCGGUUUCCCUCCUGAAGCAAACUAUCUUUUCCUUGGCGACUAUGUGGACCGAGGCAAACAAUCUCUCGAGACGAUCUGUCUUUUACUCGCCUAUAAGAUUAAAUACCCCGAAAACUUUUUCAUUCUGAGAGGGAACCACGAAUGCGCGAGUAUCAACAGGAUAUAUGGCUUUUACGAUGAAUGCAAACGUCGAUACAAUAUCAAGUUAUGGAAAACGUUCACCGACUGCUUCAACUGUCUUCCAAUUGCUGCUAUCAUCGAUGAGAAGAUUUUCACAAUGCACGGAGGAUUGAGCCCCGACUUGCAGUCGAUGGAACAGAUACGGAGAGUUAUGCGGCCUACAGACGUUCCGGAUACUGGUCUCCUCUGCGAUCUGUUAUGGUCAGACCCUGAUAAAGAUAUCACAGGAUGGUCGGAGAACGACCGAGGAGUGUCUUUCACAUUUGGACCAGAUGUUGUUUCACGUUUCCUCCAGAAGCAUGACAUGGAUUUAAUUUGCCGGGCACAUCAGGUCGUCGAAGACGGAUAUGAGUUUUUCGCUAAGCGGCAUCUGGUGACGCUCUUCUCGGCGCCAAAUUAUUGCGGCGAGUUUGACAACGCAGGUGCGAUGAUGAGUGUCGACGAAACAUUGCUGUGUUCGUUCCAGAUUCUCAAGCCAGCAGAAAAGAAAGCAAAAUAUCCAUAUGGCGGAAUGAAUAUGGGCCGACCAGUAACACCGCCGCGCAAGCAGAAAAAGAAGGACAACAAGAUGGGUUAGGUUAACUCAAUGGAGUUACACCGCGAUUCAGCAACGCCAUCCACUAUCAAUGUCGUUGUGCUAGGAUCGCCUGGCGCUGUUACCAA